CAUUUUGCAGAUUUGUCAAAAAACUGGUGAAGAGAAGGGUGUAUAGUGGUGAUUUUUAAUAUAAUUUAGUAUAUAUCUUAAUUUUAUGUUUGUUAGGGGAUAAUGAUAAUGCAAGAUGAUGUCUGAUCAGUUUAGAAAGGUGGAACCAUACUCGCCAAAGUCCUCGCCGAGGGGCGGUAGGUCGCCCGUGGUCUCUCGGCAGGACUCCUCUGGCACCCUCAAGACUACCAUUCAACUCGGCAAAAAUCCUUCUAUCGUACACAGUGGACCUUUUUAUUUGAUGAAAGAACCGCCUGGAGAAUGUGAACUCACUGGAGCUACAAACCUAAUGGCAUAUUAUGGUCUUGAGCAUUCAUAUAGUAAAUUUAAUGGAAAGAAGCUCAAAGAAUCUUUAUCCUCCUUUUUACCAAAUCUACCAGGUAUUGUAGAUGGGCCGGGGCAAGAAGACAACAGUACCCUGGGCUCUGUAAUAGCCAAGAGGCCUAUAGGUGGCAAGGAGCUGUUGCCCCUUACAAGUGCACAGUUGGCAGGAUUCCGACUGCAUCCUGGACCUUUGCCAGAACAGUACCGCUAUGUUAGCUCCACUCCACCAAAGAGGCAUAAGAGCAAACACAAGAAACAUAAACAUAAGGAUGGGGCGCCGCCUGGUCAAGAUACUCCAUUGCAAGACUCCUCCAACCCAGACACAUACGAAAAGAAGCACAAAAAGCAGAAGCGUCAUGAUGACGACGCCAAGGAACGCAAGAAGAGGAAAAAGGAGAAGAAACGGAAAAAGCAGAAACACAGCCCGGAGCACGGCAACCUCACGCCCAACCAACAUGCCACAUAGGCCGGUCCAAGCAUAAUAUGGAAGUGUUUUUAGGUCUGAUAUUUUAUACAGUAAUUGCCAUCCCGCGCAAUUUUAUAUUAGGAUUCUGAUUUGUAUGGUUACUAAAUAAAUUUUUCAAGUUUUUUUGAAAAUAUUGUAUAGAGCAGUGUUUUUCUUAUUUUUUCAUGGCUCAUCCGUUACUC